GAAGUGGUCGUCAUCGUAAAGAGCUGUGAGUUGGAAGGUGUACGAAAUGUGAGAAAACGGCCGUGGCUUCGACAGAAGAACAACCGGUGCUUCUGCGCUUUGGAUGAAAGACGCCGUUUCCUCUGACGAACGUUUGGAACUUGAAAGCCAUGUCUUGGAUAAAAGAGGGUGAAUUAAAUCUGCUGGAGAAGAUUUCCGCCAACAUCCUAAAGGCAGGACCCAUGCCUAAACACGUGGCCUUCAUCAUGGAUGGUAACCGGCGCUUCGCACGCAAGAAACACCUGGAACGCCAAGAAGGACACACGAAAGGAUUCAACAAGCUGGCAGAGACGCUGCGCUGGUGCAAACAUCUCAACAUCCCCGAGGUGACGGUGUACGCCUUCAGCAUCGAGAACUUCAAGCGCACUAAAGAGGAGGUGGAUGGCCUGAUGGCGCUGGCCAAACAGAAGUUUGAGAAGUUGUUGGAGGAACGGGAGAAUCUGGAGAAACAUGGUGUUUGUAUCAGAGUUCUGGGCGACUUGAACAUGCUGCCUCUGGACCUUCAGCAGCUCAUUGCCAAAGCCGUGGUGACCACCAGGAAUCACAAUAAAUGUUUCCUCAAUGUGUGCUUUGCCUACACGUCGAGAUAUGAAAUCACCAAUGCAGUGAGAGAAAUGGCCUGGGGAGUGGAGCAGGGCCUGAUCAAAGCGAGCGACGUUUCAGAGGCGCUGCUAAGCGAGUGUCUGUACAGCAAUCGCUCCCCCAAUCCUGAUUUGCUCAUCCGGACGUCAGGGGAGGUGCGCCUCAGUGACUUCCUUCUUUGGCAGACAUCUCACUCCUGCCUGGUGUUUCAGUCGGUUCUGUGGCCCGAGUACUCGUUCUGGAAUCUGUGCGAAGCAAUUCUCCAGUAUCAGUUGAAUCACAAAUCCAUCCAGGAAGCCCGAGACCUCCAUCGAGAGGAACAAGCCCUUGAGCAGCUUGAGGCAGAUCGGGCCUGUGUGGCGGAGCACUUGCAGCAUCAGGGGAACAACGGAAAGCCUCCCGACGCCCAGAAGAGACGAGAGGUGCUGCAGCGCUACAUCGCCUCUCGGGAAGCACGAGUUCAGGACUUCCUACAAGCACUGAAACACAAAAGGAACUCUUUCUUUCUCGACUUAUGCAGUGAAAUGGUAUUAAACUAGCACUAAGACUAAUCUUCGGCUGAAAUAAUAAUAAAAAAACCUCUCCAGUCCUUCCCUAAAGGGCUUCUGUGGACAAAGGAAGAGCAUGCUGUCACUGUCGUGGCUCCAUUUUGUUGCUACUCGUAUAAACGGAGAGGGCAUUUGUUACCCCUAUGGGGCUGUAAAAAAAUUGUUAUAUUAAUGAUUGUAGAUUUACAAAGUCUAACGUAGAAAAUCCUGGUCAAGAUGCAGUUAAAUCGUGUUCGUCACAUGCAUGCUGUUGAUUGAACGGUUGAAAUAUGUGAGCAGAAAAACCCGCACUUCCUGUGUUGAGGACUUGUUUCGAACACAGAACUCGCUUCUGUUGGAUUUAUUUUUGUGGCUGAAAGUGUUUGUCAAGUGUGAUUUUUGAAGAAAAACAACUAUAUU